CACUAAUGCGAGCGACGUCGCGCGUCGAUGCGCGUUGCCAGGUGUUAUAGUUGAAAAACAAGACGCGACGCGGCGCUUCGGCUCUGCGCCAGUAUACAGCGAUGAUUUGAAUUGUUGAAGGGAGGUGGGUCCGCGCGCGGAUGGUGCGCGAGCAUGGGGGGGCCGCGGCGCAUGUCCAGUGCGCUGCUGCUGCCCUUCGCGCUUCUCUCACUGCCAUCUGCCGAUGCUGCCAACACAACCACUUACCGGGAAGAAAUCGAGUCAUCGCUACGUUUAGUGCACGCAGUAGCGACUGGCGCUACAGGUGCGCUUUGCGUCACUCACCGCUACGGGCGCCUACGCGCGCCUCUACACGCUUCACGGUGGGAUUCCGCCAGAGCGAGGGCGGAUCUAGCCGCGAAUUUCUUGCAGCAGCUGGGUUUGGAUACUGUUGAAACUCUAAUGGCAGUAUCGCAAGGUCUAGUGAUGGGUUCAAGUCCAUCAGAACGAGCAGUAGGAGCCAGAGCACUAGCAAUAAGAUCUGACGGUGUAGUAAACAGCGCUGUCGCGUGGGAACGAUAUGGUACCGCGGAACCCGAACCUGUUAAAGCACCACAGAUAGAUAAGCCACCUGAUCCAGAAUAUCCUUGGUACGUGUCAGCACACGAAAGUGAAACCCUUCGGUCGCCGAAAUUCAUGCCAUCCCCUCCAGGAGCCACCAUGGAAGGAUGGUGGACUUAUCCCUAUUACAGUUGUGAAGCAAAACGAUGGCUCCUUUCCUAUACAGUGCCAGUUUCUACUAUUCGGAGUUUAAAAGGGGUAGUGUCUCUCGAUAUAGACAUAUCCAGCUUGGAAAUAAAUCAGUGUGAAGCAGACAGUGUAGAGGACAGCGACAACCAAAUUUAUUCGUUCCAUGGCACGCAUAAGUGCCCCAAUGAGACCACUUACUGUGAAUACAAACCAAUUCGAGACAUGAAUGUGAGACACGAGGGAUGGGCGCGUGGGUCAUACAUUUGCAGAUGUCGGCCGGGAUAUUAUUCAACACAUCAUCCAGAGGGAUUCAAUGGAUCGUUAGUUGAAGUUGCAUACCAGGACUUUGAGGAAAACAAUGUAGAAAACUGGAGCGAACCGUACGAAUGUCUGAAAUGCCAGCCUGGCUGCGAAACAUGUCGCGGCCCAGAGCCUUGUCUUGCCACUUACAACUGGCCUUUUCGGAUAUCUCUUCUAGUAAUAUCAGUAAGCUGUGCUGUCAUGACAGUGGCCCUUGUCAUCUACACUCGCCACCACCGCAGGGUAAAGGUUUUCAGAGUUGCAAGUCCUGUCUUUCUCUCUAUUACCUUGCUGGGUUGUGCCAUUAUGUAUAUGGAGAUGGCCGCCAUAUUUCCAGUUCUGGAUAGAUAUUCUUGUAUUGCUACGAAAUGGACACGCCACUUGGGUUUUUGUAUCACUUACACAGCUCUGCUUAUGAAAACUUGGAGAGUAUCUUUAACAUACCGUGUAAAGUCGGCGCAUAAGCUCAAGUUGACAGACAAACAAUUGCUUCAGUGGAUGGCACCUAUUCUCCUUAUAAUGCUGGUCUACCUUGGCACUUGGACUUUGUCUGCGCCUCCUGAUGCUGAAGUAAUCACCGACAACAAGGGUUUGAAGUUCAAGCAGUGUACUUAUAACUGGUGGGAUCACAGUUUAGCUAUAGGUGAAAUCUUGUUUCUGUUAUGGGGUGUUCGUGUGUGCUACCGCGUGCGGCACGCCGAGAGUCUGUACAACGAGGCUCGGCUCAUUUCCAUCGCCAUUUACAACAUCUUCACUGUUAAUUCACUUAUGAUUGCUUUUCAUUUAUUAAUCCUGCCACGAGCUGGGCCUGACAUCAAGUAUCUGCUUGGUUUUAUAAGAACUCAAUUAUCUACAUCCACUACAGUGCUGUUUGUGUUCCUGCCAAAGGUGCUUCGCGUAGUGCGAGGCACGGGCGAUACGUGGGACAGCCGAGCACGCGCCCGCGGCGUCCCCGCCUCCUCUUCGCUCAACGGCAUCGGCCUCGUACCCGACGAACCGCCGGACUUGUACCAGGAAAACGAGGAACUUAAGGAGGAGGUGCAAAAGCUAGCAGCGCAAAUAGAGUUCAUGAAGAUCGUACAGAUGGAAAUGCACAAUCGACAUCUGCGACCGCGACCCGGCGGAUAUUUCAGCUCGAAUAACACUGCUCAGAGCCCUAUGCAUGCCAAAACUGUUAACAUUUCGAUGGAGAACACAGACUGGCCGGGCCCGGUGUGACUGGUGGCGCUGAGUGACAGCGGCUGGCGCUGGCCGGGGCCAGCGGCGCGGAAGAUAGUACGCGCCGUCGACGCGAGAUCGCCCGCCUUCGUCUGACACACACGCACAGAAGGCCACACACAUAUACGUUCCAUAGCUGGGUAGGGGUCAACAGUUGUAAAAUACUAAUGACCACGCAAAGCAUAUUAUUACUGACAUCAUAAACAUAAGUCAAUGAUCAUAAACAACAAAUUUUGUUCCAUGACUGUUCACUAAACAUAGUUUUUGUUGUACUAUCUGACACUUUAGAUCUAUAUUUGGUAGUAAGUUCAAAUGCUCAGGCGGCCGCCCCGACAACCCUCGCUUCCGCUCCUGCGUUUUACAUCGGACUGUAGCGCGAUACCAAAUGUGCUUUACGUGUCACACGUAUAACGGCUUUUUGCUUAGGUUUUUGUUUUGACAGUUAGCGCGAUACGAAAUGUACGCAACGUGUCACAUUGGCGAGGUUGAAGGUUUUGGUUAAACCUUUGACAAUUAGCGCGAUUGGCCCCCUGGUUUGAACGCUAGUGCUUUCUUUUGUUACCGCACAGAGUUGUCACCGUUUAGAGCGAUCUGUUUAAAUAUUUUUAUUUUUAUACAAAACUGAAAUCUGAUAUAUUGUUAAAAGAAGUUGGUUAUGGUAUUAGUAAUAUAAUAAUAAUGCACAUACUCAUAGUCCCGCACUAGGGAAACCCUGUAUCGCGAGUGCCAUGGACACAGAGGUAGAUUACCUCAAAUUACACCCAAACUCA